AUGGCGUCGCUGGAAAGCGAGUUGCAGAAGAAAAGACCUCAGGUGAACACGGCGGACCAUGCUGGAGAGUUUAAAUUGAUUGUGGAAAAUCCAAAAAAACCUGUUGCAUCUGGACUUCAAUUUACAGCUUUUGUGGAGUAUUAUCCUGAAAGUGAAGAAGAUCUUAAAGACAGACUACUUCUUUUAGUAGACGAUGACAUUUUUCAUAUCCCCAUUCUUGGACUAGUUCCAUGCUGUUACCUGGAAAUUGACUCAGAAAUUAAUUUUGAUGCAGUGAUUGCAAACAGUAAAAUAAUUAGUAAAGAGAUUAGUAUUGCUAACCUUGGAUCAUCUCCAGGUACAUUUAAAAUAUCAUAUGAUGGGGAUGUCCUGCUUAACAUUGAACCUACAAGUGGAGUGGUAGAGCCAGAGUCUAGAAAGACCAUUAAAGUAGAUAUCUGCACAGAUGUACCCAGAGUCAUCAAAGAAGUGAUAGAAGUGGAGUUGGAAGGUCAUGGCUGCACUGAAGUAUGGAUCAAAGGUGUUGUGGUUAAACAAGUUCUCAAAGUUCUGGGAGUGUCUUCUGGAAAUAUAGUGGAAUGCAUUAACUUCGGACCAGUUUACUUCGGGUCUUCAAAGACUGAACAAGUAUCUUUAUACAAUGAAAGUCCUCAGUGUAUCGAUUGGGUAGCAGUACUUGAAGACAAUGCCAUUGGAGGAGAGAUGGGAACAGAUCUUCAGAGGAGUGCAGAUGCUGUUUUACAAGACUUAAGCCUCAAAAACAAAACAGGAGAUGUAGAUGUUUGCACCUUGAUCUUUUGCAUCCCUAAUCAAGGAACCUUGCUACCUUAUGAGAAAUCUUUGGUUACAUUGUGCUUUAGUCCGAAGUGAGAAUUGCUUGGCAUGAUACUACAAAAAGCAAAGUCUGAAGUGAUUAUGUGGAAGAUGUUUUAUAAUACGUUAAGGAUAUAUUUGAACCAAAAAUUGGUUAAACUUGUUUUAGAUUGUGACUCUUACAGAAAAUUUGAAACGGACUUCGAAGUGAAUGACUCAUCACUGAAGCAAGACUAUGUACUGUUUCUGAGAUUUGAAACCGUUGGGUGUAAAGAUGAUUAUCUGCAGGCCCUCAGUGAUGGUGAUGCCACAGCAAUCACAAAGAAUCAUCAUCACACAGAGUUAGCUUUGACAGGUUCUGGGCUUCCUGUCCUGCUAACUUUUAAUCCAGGACCAGUUAUUAAGUUUAUGGACUGUUUCAUGGGUGAACAAACACAAGUUCUAUGCACACUCAAAAAUGAAUCUGAGUUUCUUCCAGUAACAUUCAGCUUCCAGAAGACUGCUCAUUUUAAUAUUUCUCCUGAAAAAGGAAAAAUUAAAAAAAAAUCUGCAAAGGAUGUGAUAUUUUCAUUUUCUCCACAUCAGAUAGGAAUAAUGAAAGUGAAGCAAGUUGUCGAUAUCAUGGAUACAGGAAUAGAGAAAAAUAAUUCACAGGUUUCAAAACUGAAAUCUUUUCAGCAAGUGUAUUUGAACUUUAUUGGUGUGUGCAAAUCUAAACGAAAAAACAUUCUAUUCAAAAUUAAUCCUGGUAUAACACCAAUGAUUUCCAAUGCAACUGGACAGUUUGUAGCUGAUAGCACAGGACAGAGCUCUGAUAAAGCACCUGUGGCAUUACUUCAAUCAGCCCAAACACAAAUUCACACUCACCGGAUAAACAGGAAUUGUAAGGAUGAUGCACUUAUAGCUUUUCCUAAUGACCGUGCAGCCAGCAUUAGGCCUAGUGAAUGGAAUAAAAAGUACAGGACUAUUUUCACAAAGACUGGGAGAUAUAACUAUAUAGAUCCAGAGUUUUGUUAUACUGACUGUGAACGACUUUCUAAAGAAGCACAUGAGGAAUACUACGCAGACUUCAUUUCUAGUUUAAGACAGCGUCGUUUACAGAAAGAAGGUGUUAGGCAGUUUUAUAUUUAUAAUAAUUCUGUGAGCAUAGGCCUUAAACCAGCUGAAGGGCUUAUGUCACCAAAGCUCUCAAUCACAAAUCUUGAAAAGGAGAAGCUACAAUUAAAAAUGCUUCCUAGAGAUAAGAAUUGCCUAUUAACAAGUGAAAAACUGUCAGGAGCUGGUUAUAAAUCUUCAAUCAAAGGAAUUUGGAGUAGACUCAGUGCUAUGCCAUCUUCUACCCAAGAGAAGAAAGAUUGUAGUCUAACUUUGACACCCAAACAGCUUCAUCAAAUACUAAUUGGUCCUUCUACUAUAGAUUUUGGUGAUGUUUGUGUACGUUCUCCAACAACCAGAAAACUGCACAUCAUCAAUAACUUGUUAGUUAAUAUAUGGAUACAAAUUGAGAUUGAAAUUGAUGAAUUGCAGCAGACAGGUCCGUUAUCUCAGGUGGUGCCUCCUCUUACAAAGACAGAUAUUCCAAUUGUAUUUGAGACAAACAGUCUUGGAAUGUUUAAAAGGUCUUUCAAUUACACAAUAAACAACCAACACGCUGGGCAUGUGCUGGCAGUUGCAAAAGCAGUAUCUGUUGAACUGGAGCUGUCUGCAAGGGAACUCGUCUUAAAUCCUAUUCCUGGUUACCUAGCAGAGACAGAAUUUAGAACAACUGUCACAGUGUACAAUCAUAGAAAUGGUCCUGCUGAGUUUACCUGGAACCCUGUAAUUACAGAUGGAGGAACUGCAUUUUCUAUACAGCCAGCCAGAGGCUUUCUGGAGGCCUACAGAGAUUUGGAGUGUGAAGUUGUUUGGCACCCACGGUUCAGCUCUCCAAAGGCAGCAGAAUUCAACUUAUGUGUGCGUAAAGGAAACACAAUUAAGUUGAAAUGUUUUGCAAAGGUAACAAUUCAUACAGCAGAUUUAGAGAAGCAAAAUGUGUGGUUAUUUUAA